AUGAGUUCGUCCUGGCAGCCACUUGACGACCACGACGACACGGACGAAUCAAUCAUGACAGAUCCACUGGAAGAGCUACAGAGCCCACGCAAUGCGAAAGACGACUUCGUCAAGUAUAUGAAAGAUGAGGUGUUCAGAUUGAAUUUUUAUCGCGCACACAUGCUAUACUUUAUUGUCGUCAUCUUUCUCUCGUCGCUUUUCGUGUAUGGUCAAGGUCGUGCCGAUGGACCGAAAGAACUGGGUAGUGCCUAUAUGACAUACACAGAUGCAUUGUUCCUGUGCUGUAGUGCCAUGACUACAACAGGUCUCAAUCCGGUUGAUCUCGGCCCACUAUCUGGUUACCAACAAGCCACCUUUGCCAUUCUCAUGAUGGUCGGAAGCAUACCGUUUGUCUCCGCAGCCGUAGUCUUAAUCAGACGAGCUUUGUUCCGCAAGAAACUAGCAGAUGUCGUAAAGCACUCGCACACAAUGCAACGAAUAGUCCACGAUAUUGAACAGAAUCACCAAUCAGACACAGCUGGAAGUAGCAACAGUAGUAGAAGCAGUAGCAACAGAGGUCUGCGACAAAGAUCAACAGUAUCUCAAGGUCUUCAAGCCCAAGGCAAACAGUCCCACAAUGAGACCCCAUCCAGAGUGAACAUCAAGCCCGCAUCUCGCCAACGCAGCUACCACUACGAAACAGGCUUCGGCUUCAUCCCCACACCCUGGGAAACGCAAUUCGCACAGAACCUCUUCCACCGCUUCAUCGACUUCUUUGCCGCAGAACUUAAACCCGAACACCACGACUACAUCUCCUUCAAACCGCACCUGGAUUCCAAAGGCCGUUUCCGCGACCUCAGUGAGGUCGACCGCAUGGAACUCGGAGGCGUCGAGUACCGCGCCCUACAAGCCCUACUACUCAUCCUAAUCGGCUACCAACUCUUCUGGUACCUCCUCGGCAUCACCUUCCUCCUUCCCUACGCAUAUCGAGAAGAUACCAAAAACGUACUCUACGCCGCCCAACCCGAAGGCAUCAACCCAGGCUGGUGGGGCUUCUUCGCCACAGUCACUGAGUUUGCAAAUGGCGGCCUAAAUAUCUUGAAUGCAAACUUUAUCCCCUUCAGCGGAUACCCCUACGUCCUGCUCGUCUCCGUCGUCAUCGCCUUCGCCGGCCAAACGCAAUUUCCCAUUUUCCUCCGCAUCACGAUUUGGGGACUGAAAAGCAUGGCGCCGAGGCAGUCGCGGUUCAGGAAUACCAUGGAGUUUUUGCUGCAGCAUCCACGGCGCUGCUUCAUCUACCUUUUCCCCGCGCGCGAGACGCUGUAUUUGUUCGUUACCCAAGUUGUGAUUGAUGUUACCGCGUGGCUUUGCUUUGAGAUUCUCAAUAUCGGUAUGCCGGAGGUUGAGGCGCUACCGGUUGGUACGCGUAUUCUGGAUGGGAUUUUUCAGGCAAGUGGACUUAGGACCAGUGGAGCGUACAUUAUAUCACUGAGCUCUCUUGCUCCAGCAUGUCUGGUUGCAUAUCUCGUCAUUAUGUACAUUUCGAUUUAUCCAACGACACUGACACUGAGGAAGACGAACACUUAUGAAGAACGAUCCAUUGGGCUCGAAGAGAGUGAUAAUAGUGCUACUGGCGUAGCGUCACACUUGCAGAAACAAUUAGCCUACGACAUCUGGUUCCAGUUCCUCGUCUUCUUCCUCAUCUGUUGCAUCGAAAGAAGUCACAUUCUGAAUGCCGAUCCCGGAUUCAAUGUCUUUUCCAUACUAUUCGAAGUCACAUCAGCAUACGGCACCGUCGGCCUGAGUCUUGGUGUCCCCGGUAAAAAUUACAGCCUCUGCGGCGACUUUGCCAGCCUGAGCAAAGUAGUGUUGCUAUUUGCAAUGCUCCGUGGUCGCCAUCGAGGUCUGCCUUUUGCAAUUGACCGAAGCAUAUUAUUACCAGGCGAAGAGCUCAUGCACCGCAUGGACCAGGAGUACAGUGCCAAAGGCACCGAGGACCCGCAACAGGAAGCUGAGCUGAGAAAGGACAUUGAGCGGAGCGGUGUGAAGGCGUUGGACAACAAUGGAAAGGGGGGACAAGACCCUAAGGACAGGAGACGCUCGCAACCGCAUAACCACACUGCUUGCGAGUCGUCGUCGGCGACGACGACGACGAUGGUAUAG